AGCUUCAAAUACAAAGAAAGCCGGUCAAAGUGAAUGUCCAAAUUAAAGGUACAUAUAAUAUAUUGUAUAGAUAUUCCAGUGACAGCAAGACCUGCUGUGAGCGAAAUUAAAACUGGAAUCUCGGCAUUGGAAUAGAGCGAGCAACGGGAGAGCGUUGCUUUCAGUUCGUUUUGAGCUGCGCUGAUCAGUUGGACUCUGGAGCAGCGUGUCGACGGAUUGUCUGGCUCUGGACAGCGGCUGUUUUUGCAUUUAAAAUGUAUGUCAAUAUAUUAUAUCCCUCGUUGCUGUUGUUGCUAUUGCUUGGCAGCGGCAAUUGCGCUGCGGAGUCGCCACAAAAUGUGUUGCUACUGCUGGCAGACGAUGCAGGCUUUGAAAUGGGCGCUUAUCUAAACAAAUACUGCCAGACGCCCAAUUUGGAUGCACUGGCCAAGCAAGGUUUGCUAUUCAACAACGCGUUUAGCUCGGUCAGCAGCUGUAGUCCAAGUCGCGCACAAUUGCUGACGGGGCAAGCAAGUCAUGCCAGUGGCAUGUACGGCUUACAUCAAGGCGUGCAUAACUUCAAUGUGCUGCCUGAGAUAAAUUCGCUGCCGAAUGUGCUGCGUGAGCAGAGCAAUGGACGCGUGCUGAGCGGCAUUAUAGGCAAGAAGCAUGUGGGCAGCGCUGCCAACUUUCGCUUUGACUAUGAGCAGACGGAGGAGCAGCAUUCGAUCAAUCAGAUUGGCCGCAAUAUAACCAACAUUAAGCAUUAUGCGCGUGAGUUUUUGGCACAGGCCAAGCGUGAGCAGCGUCCGUUCUUCUUGCUGGUGGGUUUUCAUGAUCCGCAUCGUUGUGGCCACAUUACGCCGCAGUUUGGCGAGUUCUGCGAGCGCUGGGGCAGCGGCGAGCUGGGCAUGGGAAGCAUACCCGACUGGAAGCCAAUAUACUAUGACUGGCGCAAUCUGCAGGUGCCUGCUUGGCUGCCGGAUACGGAUAUAGUGCGUCAGGAGCUGGCAGCGCAGUAUAUGACCAUCUCCAGACUGGAUCAGGGUGUUGGCCUGCUGCUGCGUGAGCUGCAGUCUGCUGGUCUGGCUGAGUCAACUUUGGUCAUCUAUACCUCAGACAAUGGACCGCCGUUUCCUGGUGGACGCACCAAUCUCUAUGAGCAUGGCAUACGCUCGCCGCUCAUCAUAAGCUCACCCAAGUCCACAGAUCGUCAUCAUGAGACUAGCGCCGCCAUGACCAGCCUGUUGGAUAUUUAUCCUAGUGUGCUGGAUGCUUUACAGCUGCCGCCGCCCAAUGCUACACGCAUUAGUGGCAAGUCGCUGCUGCCUGUGCUGCAAGCAGAGCCCGCGCCGCAGGAACAGGAUGCUGUCUAUGGCAGUCAGAACUAUCACGAAGUUACCAUGACUUAUCCUAUGCGCAUGGUGCGCAAUCGUCGUUACAAGCUCAUUCACAAUCUCAACUACUGGAGCGACUUUCCCAUUGAUCAAGACUUUUAUACCUCGCCCACGUUCCAGCAAAUACUCAAUGCCACUAUCAAUAAGCAAGCGCUGCCCUGGUAUCGCACACUAUUGCAGUAUUAUCAGCGACCCGAAUGGGAGCUAUACGACAUCAAAGCCGAUGCUCUGGAGCGUGUUAAUCUUGUUGAUAAGUCCAAGUACAAGGACACGUUGAAGCAGCUGCGCCAACAGCUCUUCAAAUGGCAGGUGGAUACAGCGGAUCCUUGGCGUUGUGCGCCGCAUGCUGUGCUGCAGUCCCAGGGUGUCUUCAAGGACGCACCUGUUUGUCUGACGCUCGGGCAUGAAGCGCUGCAAAGGCCCAAGCGUAAGGUCCUCACGCAGUAUGAAGCCUAUGAGCUUAUUUAAUUAAAUACAGUAUUUCCCACACACUUAAAUACUCAUUAAACUAUUUAAUUUCA